CUUCUUCAGAAAUGUCUGAAUCUGCAGUGAGUCAGUAUGUGGAUCAGUUCAGCUGUCCAGUCUGUUUGGAUCCUCUGAAGGAGCCGGUGACGAUUCCCUGUGGACACAGUUACUGUAUGAGCUGUAUUACUGACUGCUGGGGCCAGAAGGAGCACGGGCCGCCGUACCGCUGUCCCCAAUGCAGAGAGAGCUUCAGUCAGAGACCUCUACUGAAGAAGAACACUCUGAUAGCUGAGAUGAUGGAGACGCUGCAGAAGACGUCCCUACAAACGGCUGCUGUGGAGUGUGAUGUUUGCACUACAGAGAAGAACAGAGCUGUAAAGUCCUGUCUGCAGUGCUUGGCCUCCUUCUGUCAAACUCACCUGCAGCUUCACUAUGAAUCUCCUGCGUUUAUGAAGCACAAACUAGUCGAAGCUUCCAGAAACAUUCAGGAGAACAUCUGCCUCAGUCAUGGGAAACUUCUGGAGAUUUACUGUCAGGAUGAUCAUCAAUGCAUUUGUUGUUUGUGUACUGAUAAUCAUAAAGGACACAGUGUGGUGUCUGUGGAUUCAGAAUGGACUAGUAAAACGAAAGAGUUGAAGGAGAUAAAGGAGGAGUGUCAGAAGCUGAUCCAGGAGCGAGAGAGAGGUCAGCGGGAACUCAGUGAAGCUGUGAAGCUUCUUAAAAGUUCAGCGCUAGAGACCAUGGAGGACAUUGAGAAGGUCUUCACUGAGCUCAUCUGCUCUCUUGAGAAGAAACGCUCUGAGAUUAAAGAGCAGAUCAGAGCUCAGGAGAAGACUGAGAUAGAUCGAGCAGAGGAACUUCACAAACAUCUGGAUCAAGAGCUGACAGAACUCAGAAAAAGACAAGCAGAGACUGAGAAACUUCUGAUCACUGAUGAUCAGGUCAAUUUUCUGAAGAGCUGUCAGUCUGUGUGUGUUUUACCCACAUUUGAAGACGUUCCCAGCUUCACUCAACACACUCAUCUGUCUUUUAAAGACAUUUCAAUCUCAGUGUUUAAGGAGGUUUUGGAGGAUGUCUUGACUCAACAACAAACAGCCAAAAUGUCUCCAGAAGUGUCAAAUGUUACAAAGCCUCCAGAACCAAAGACCCAGAAUGAUUUUUUGCAGUAUUUCUGUGAACUUCACCUGGAUCUAAACACAGCACACAAAAACCUUGAACUGACUGAAGACAACAGGAAAAUAUCAUAUUUAGUUGAAGUUCAGCAAUAUCCUGAUCACCCAGAGCGGUUUAAUGUGUUUCCCUACAUCUUGUCUAAAGAGGGUUUGUGCGGUCGCUGUUACUGGGAGGUUGAGUGCAGUGGGAACGACUGUGCUGUAGCAGUUUGUUACAAAAGAAUUGGACGUAAAGGAAACCGUAAUGACUGUAGACUUGGCUUUAACAAAAUAUCCUGGAGAUUGGGCUUUUUUCUUAAGUAUUUUAGUUUCAUACAUGCUAAAGCACAGGUCCCUAUACCUGCUGUCCGCUCCUCUAGAAUAGGAGUGUAUCUGGAUCACAGAGCAGGAACUCUGUCCUUCUACAGCGUCUCUGACACAAUGACUCUCCUUCACAGAGUCCAGACCACUUUCACUGAACCCUUAUACCCUGCUUUAGGGGUUGGUGCAGGUUCAUCUGUCAGAAUCAUAGAGCAGAGGAGAGCUCAGACAAAUCAGAAAUAAAUAUAAUCGAUCAAGUUUCAGAUUCAGUUGCUAAACUCCUGAAGUGUAUAUGUAUUUAGAUUAAAAUGUAAUUGGUGGUUUGGAUGAACAAAAAGCCUAAUAUUUCUUAAACACUGUCAAUUUUGCUAUUUUGUUCUUUGGUGUUGCUACCUGCUAGUACACCUUCUUUCUUUACAAAAUGCUUCUUCAUAAUUUAAAUAACUGUUGACUUCAGGAUAAGGUCUGAUUUUGAUUUAAUUUUACUGUCAUAACUAUCUGAUAGUAAGCUAAAAAACACGUUUUUAAAAAGCUUUUAAAGAUGCAUAUUUUUAAAAUAUCCUUUUCUAUCAACAUACAGCAAUGUUUCUUCAAAAGAUUCAUCUUUAUAUUUGUUGUUUUUCGGUUUGAUGUAUAUAGCUUAAUAUUGUAAUGUGUAAUUAUGAUAAAAUAAAGAGAAAAUAAAUUAGUAAU